CAGGCCCGGAGGCUGCAGGCGGCCUGGGCGGCCCGCGGAGCCGCGCCCGCAGCAGUGAGGGUCCGCCGCCAUGUCCCUGGGCACCGGGGAGCCGGCCUCGGAGACGGGAGAUGACAGUCUUUCUGCAGUUACCUUUGACUCUGACUUUGAGACAAAAGCAAAAAGGAAAAGUGUCCACAAACCUCCACCCACAUCACCAAAGUCACCUUACUACUCUAAGCCUAGAAACGUGGCAUCCUGGAGGUCUCUCAGGACAGCGGGGAGCAUGCCUCUGAGCAGUAGGAUGUCCCUGACCCCGCAGAAGCUGUGGCUCAGUACUUCAAAACAAGGAAGUUUGACCCAACCCCUGAAACCAGACCUGACCUGGGAGCAGGCAUGGACCAGCCCCCCCAGCUGCACCUCCGACUAUCUGACCGAAGCUCUGAGAAUGCGGAGGUCCAACUUCAGGCGCUCUGCCAGCAACGGUCAUGUCCCUGGGACCCCCGCCUACAGAGAGAAAGAAGACAUGUAUGAUGAGAUUAUCGAGUUGAAGAAGUCAUUACACAUGCAGAAAAGUGACGUGGAUCUGAUGAGAGCAAAGCUCCGGCGCUUAGAAGAGGAAAACAGCAGGAAGGAUCGCCAGAUAGAGCAGCUUUUGGAACCAACCAGAGGUUCAGAUUUCGUUCGGACUUUGGCAGAGAAAAGGCCUGAUACUGGCUGGGUGGUCAAUGGGCUGAAGCAGAGGAUUCUCAAGUUGGAGCAGCAGUGCAAGGAGAAGGACAACACCAUCAACAAACUCCAGACUGACAUAAAGACCACGAACCUCGAAGAGAUGCGGAUAGCCAUGGAGACGUACUACGAGGAGAUUCACCGUCUCCAGACUCUCUUGGCAAGUUCUGAAGCUACAGGAAAGAAGCUCCCCAUGGAGAAGAAGGUAGGCCUCAAGCGGCAAAAGAAGAUGAGUAGCGUCCUCCUGAACCUGACACGGAGUGUGCAGGAGCUGACCGAGGAAAACCAGAGCCUGAAGGAGGACCUGGACCGGCUGCUCAGCAACUCCCCCACCAUCUCCAAGAUCAAGGGUUACGUGGAAUGGAGCAAGCCCAGGCUGCUGAGGCGCAUCACGGAGCUGGAGAAGAAAAUAAGUUCACUGGAAAGCCCCAAGUCGCACUCAGCAGAACUAGUGAAAGCGAGCUCCGUGCCUCACUCCUCAUCCAACUCCACGGUGCACAGGCAGCCCCAGGUGGACCACCAGGAGGAGUGCGAGCGCCUGCAAGGCGUCCUGAAGAGCCUGAAGGGCGAGCAGACCGCCCUGCACACCCAGCUGCUGGACAAGGAUUUGGAAGUGAAGCAGCUGCUCCAAACAAAGGCUGACUUAGAGAAGGAGCUGGAGCAUGUGAAGGCGAGUGAGAAGGAGAGACGAGAGAGAGAGGAGACCUUGAGAGAGCAAGUUCAAACACUGACCAAGAAGCUUCAAGAGCUGGAAGAGGUUAAGAAAGAAGAGAAAGAUGAUCCCAUGGAAACAGCUUAUGAGACCCAGGAAGACCUCCGGCCGCCCACUCCCACCAGCAUCUGCUCCUGGCAGGACUCUGAGCCUGAUGCCAGUGCAGCAUGCUCUCGGCCCCCCUCCGCCUGCUCCGCUGGGAAAAGAGAAGACGAGCGGCGGAAUGCGGCGGCCAGGAUCCUGCAGGCCCAGUGGAGGGCAUGCGUGCACAAGAAAAAAGAGGCUCUUCUGGAUGAGGCAGCCAUCGUGCUUCAGGCGGCUUUCCGGGGACACCUCGUGCGGGCACAGCUCCUGGCCAAGAGAGCCUUUGGUUCCCCAACUCCCAGCACGCCAAGCCCCCCAGGGAAGCUCCUGCCUCCUACCUUUUCUGUCAAAAAGAUGAACAUACAUCAGGAAUCUCGAGAGUUCAGAGCCCACCAUCAGCACCCUGCCACACCCCGCAGCCAGAGACACGCCACCCCAGACAGCGCGGAGCUGGAGAAAGCUGUUACGCUGGUCCAGUCUGUCUUCCGGGCACACCUGGCGCGGACCAGGCCAGGUGCUCCUGGUCAAAGGACAACCACUGCAGCUUCUGCUAAGAGGACGUUUGCUUCCACGGCAGACAGGGACGCCUCCUCUCCACCUUCCCUCAGAGCUUCUCCUGCUCAGGAUGACAGCGGGGCCAGCAGUGGGGAGACCGUGGAGGAGUCUGCGGCUGAGGAGGAGGCCCUGAUGCCGGGGGCGCCUGCUGUAGUGGAGCCCAGGCUGUCCGGGUCCCAGCCCCUGCUCUCCAGGACACCGCCUGUGCUCUCUGGUUCUCAGCCUGUGGAGCCGCCCCCUGUGGACGAAGUGCACUCGGAUGACUCUGAUGACGUCGUCAUCUCCCCGUCCCUGCCCGGGAAGAAGAGCUCCUCGUCCUAGGCCCUGACCGCCGUUCCCACACGGUGGGGGCUCAUUCGGCAUAAGGUCAGGGCUGAAAGGACAAAGCGCAUCCUAGAGAACAUAAUAACUAAAAUGGGAAAAAUAAUUUACCUUGUUAGAAAAGAGUGAUAUCUACUGAACACCUCUA